AUCUUCUGAUUGAGAAUUUGUUGUAGUUCUUUGCUUCAAUGGCUCUCUUCACUCCGAGCUUUUCUUUCAAAAUUUCCGCCUCAAGUAGUCCUCGACGCUGUCGUUUUGUGAAGGCCCGACGCAGCUUCACGCUGAGGGCCGCCGUCGCUGUCGAGUCCCCUUCAUUCUCCUCCGCCGAUCGCGACGGCGCUCCGAAGCUCCUGCUUGAAGUCAAAGACCUGUCUGCCGUAAUUGCCGAGUCCAAACAGCCUAUUCUGAAAGGCGUUAAUCUCACCGUUCACGAAGGCGAGGUUCAUGCUGUGAUGGGGAAAAAUGGGUCUGGAAAGAGUACCUUCGCGAAGGUCCUUGUUGGUCAUCCAGAUUAUGAAAUUACAGGAGGCAGUAUAACAUAUAAAGGACAAGAUUUGCUUGAGAUGGAACCUGAGGAAAGAGCUCUAGCUGGAUUGUUUAUGAGCUUUCAGUCUCCAGUUGAAAUUCCUGGAGUUAGCAAUAUUGACUUUUUGAAUAUGGCCUACAAUGCUCGAAGGAGAAAACUUGGAUUACCUGAGCUUGGACCAAUUGAGUUCUAUGGCUAUGUGGCACCGAAGCUAGAAAUUGUGAAUAUGAAGAUAGAUUUUUUGAACAGAAAUGUCAAUGAAGGAUUCAGUGGUGGAGAAAGGAAGCGCAAUGAGAUUUUACAACUUGCGGUUCUUGGUGCAGAAUUAUCAAUAUUGGAUGAAAUUGAUUCUGGUUUAGAUGUUGAUGCUCUUCGAGAUGUAGCAAAAGCAGUUAAUGGACUUCUGACUCCAAAUAAUUCAGUUUUGAUGAUCACCCACUAUUUACGCCUUCUGGAAUUCAUAAAACCGACCUAUAUCCACAUCAUGGAGAAUGGCAGAAUAGUGAAGACUGGAGAUAUUUCCAUAGCUGAAAUUCUUGAGAGAGAAGGCUACAAGGCAAUAUCUAAUACAUAGAUAGCACCCCAUGUUUGACUCAGUAGACCCUUCCACCGACUACCUAUAUUAUUGGCACUAAAGGCAGCAAUUGAAGAUGCGAUUCUGAAUUUCUCUUUUGAGAUUGAAAAUCAAGUUUCACAAGGGGACUUGCGAAUUGAUCAAUUUGUGGAUGAUGAGGUAGAACAGUGUAGUAUAACUGUUCCUGUCCAUAGGGCUAUAGCUGUACAGUUGGAUGGUGGUCCAUGUUUCUGGAACUGGUCUCCUUUUCCGAACUUAUCUAUCUCUUUGUAUGGUUACUGUAACGGCGUUGAGUAUCUUUUGUUGCUAAUAAACAAGUUUUGGUCGAAUCAUGAACUCUUCACUGGUACGUGUCCCGGUUUUAGUGAAAUAGUUAAACUGGAUCAUCCCCAGUCGAA